AUUUUCUCUCCACUAGAAUGUGAUCAACAGCUCCAUGAAUCCUUUCUGUUCAAACCCACAGGAAUACGCCAUGAAAACGGUUGACGAGGAAGUCUUACCAAACGGCAUUCAUCAUUCGCCUCUGUUUUCGGACUUUGUGAACAGCGAUCCUUUCGCGGCUCCAGACUGGGUUGUGUUUCCUCCACCUGAUUUUUAUUCAGACAACACACCUGAUGUGUUUCAAACGACGUCGGGCAUCUGGGGUGAAGAAACAGACAUUUUCCAGCCUUUCAAAGACAAGGUGGACACUGAUCUGACACAAAGCAGCUCAACCAAUCAGAACGCAGAAUCCUCGUCUUCAGCCAAUCAGAGGGAUCCGCUGCUGGACUUCAUCCUCUCCAGACAGAAAAAAUCCGAAGCCACUCCUUCCUUCACAUCGCCGUUCGAUUCAGCCGAUGUUUUCCAAGAAACGUCCACUAAAACAGAGAGUUUCUUCUCUAACGCCGAUCCAGUGUUCGAUGAUAUUUUCAAGACGCCUUCGUCCACCGCAGGACCCGACGUCUCUGACAUCAAGGCGUUCGAUCCUCUGUUCGACCCGCAGAAUGAAGUUCAGUCCAAUCAGAAGAGCAAUAAUGAUAGUCUCAUCGGUCAUCAAGACGUUGGGACGUCUGAUUUCGGUUUGCAGAACGGAUCCGUUCAAGAGAUUCCCUCCGCAAACACCUCCAACGGAGGCCUGAUGUUCAGGAGGCGUCCGCCGAAACCUGCUCCUCGCAGUAAAGCCCCCAAGAGCGUCCGUCAGCCUCAGAACCCGACGGCUGAGGUGGAGAACGAUCUGCCGGUUUAUGAGGAUGUCCUUCUCAUCGGUCAGGAAAGGUGUGUGGAGGACUGGCCCGAACACAGUCCAGAACUCUCUCAAGAAUGGAAACCAGCUGGGAAAUUAAGGCUUCGGAGAGACUCUGUACGGAUCACAGAAGCGUCCGCUGGAGUCGACGGGACUGUGAAGAAGAAUGGAAAGCAGACGCUGGGGAAAAAACUGCGACGCUCUCUGCUGAUCAGGAGGAGAUCAAAGGAUAAAAUUGUGGAUGAAGAGAAGAGCUCUGAGACGAACACACACACUCUGAGUCUGCGUCGAGGGUCAAAGACGAAACACACUGACGCUUCAGCUAAAGGAUUCCCUGCUGACUAUCAGGAUGAUUUGCCAUCCUGGUCAAAAACGGCUGAUCUCACACCGUUCGGACCGAAGAGAGAUGAAGAUGUGGACUUUACACCGAAGCAAACACAGAAAUUCAAGCCUCCUGUGCUGCAUCGACCACAGUCUUUUUCUAAAGAUCCCUUUUCUGACGGAGACUUGGAUCUGUGCGCUUCACUGCAGGACAAGCCUCCGAUUGCAGAGAAUGAUGGCGAUAGAAACGCGGGAGGGAUCGACGAUGGACAGAAACACAAAAAGAAGGUCAAAGUCAAGUUUGUUCCUCAAAGAGGGUUUGUUAUCGGUUUAUCCAAGGCUGAAAAUGAACCGACGGUGGGAACGCCACAUUUUAAGGAAAAGGAGCGCGAGGAUGAACUGAAGGGAGCAUGUGGUUUCACUCCUCAUCCACAUCUCAAGGAUCAGGACGGGAUGGAUGAGCUGAAGAGAAUGAGCAUUUACACUGAAGACACCAGUUAUUCCCCAAACCAGUUUAAGAGUCCAUACUCCAGUGGGUUUAUGGGUCCUCCUUCAAAGGCAUCCGAUCUCUUCACGACUUCAGACUUCAGUGAGACGCAAGACUGUCGGCCGAAGAAACCGACGAAGUUUAAAGUCCCGCUUUUGCACCGCAGAUAUUCGAAGAGCAUUGAGGAAGCUGAGAUCAGGCCGACUAAAGAUCAUGAUGAGAUGAAGAAGCCUCCUCUUCUGAAAGUGCCGCCGCUGUCCCGCCGAGGCUCAAAGGCCGUGGAGGAAGACGAGGGCCCUCAAAAGGGUGCAGAUCUGUUCAGGGCCGGAGACCUGGAGCCGGAAGACGACUUCGGGUGGGAGGAAUACACACCGGACAAUAAACCACAGAAACCUCAAGAAACGUACACGCAUCGCACAGGGUCAAAGGACGUUUUUCCCGAAGAUUUUCUGCAAUCUCCUGGUGCCACGUCUGCAAAUUAUUACCUGUCUGACGCUGCGAAGGCUGAGUGGAUGUCUUCUCAGAUGGACAUGAAACGACUGAAAGAUCAAGAGGAAGAGCAGAAGCAUGAGGAAGAGGAAGAGGAGGAUGGAGGGGACACUGACAGUCUGAUGGAGUGGUGGAAUACAGUCGAGUUUUGGGAUGAAGUAACUCCGAACGAGACGAUCAGCUCUAAAGAGGAAGAGACCAUAUCGUUUAAAGCGUUGGCCGAUAAGGUCCAUCGUGGUCUCCGGGUGUACCUGAAGCUCUUCAUGGAGCGAGCCGAGCUUCUCUACCAGCACGUGCUGAUCUUAUACGGCAUCGCCGACGACCUCAGCAACUUUCACCAUCGCACUAAAGUCGCCAACAUCACGGGGGGAACGACCACAGCCAUCGGUGGAGCCGCGGCCAUCACGGGACUGGCGCUGGCUCCGGUCACGUUCGGCGCUUCCAUCAUCGUCUCGGCCAUCGGACUGGGCAUCGCUACGGCGGGCGGCAUCACGGCGGCUUCAGCCAGCAUUUCAGACAACAUCAACAACAUGCAUGACCGUAAGAAGAUUGAGGUAAUCGUUCAGGACUACGAGACGCAGCUGGUGGAAAUGCUGCACUGUUUGCGGUUCAUCGUUGAAGGUCUCGGUCGAAUGCGCGCUCAUCCGCUGCUGCGACGCAACAACUACUACACCGGCGACUGGGAAGUGCGACGGGCGCUGCAAACCAUCAGCCUCGUUACUGACCCGGUCGAGCGAGCCGAAGAGAUAACCCACAACACUCUGGUCAAGCUAGCCAGUCUGCAUUCAGGAAUGGACAAGUUCUUCACUAAAGACAUGAAGGAGGUGAAGAAAGGUUGUAAGAAGGAGGUGACGGCUGAAGUGCGAAGCCUGGCUAAACAACUGCAGGAGGGUUUAGUGGAGCUCAACUCCAUCCGAGAGCAGCUGCUCGACGCCACUGGGAACAUCUGAAGGCCCAUUGGAUGUUUCCUUCGCUGCUCAUCUGCAUAAAAUUAAACUCUCUCAAGGAGCUGGAAAUCAUCAAGAAUUCCGACUUUCUUGGAAUUCCGAGUUUACAUCUCGCAAUUCAUUUUUUUUCUCGCAAUUGCUGAAUCUCACAAUUCAGACUUUUCUUCUCAAAAUUGCAAGUUUUAAACAAGAAAUUCCUACUUUCUCAGAAUGUUUUUUUUUAUCCAGAAUUCGAAAAAAAAAUUCUUGUAAUACAGAAUUUGUCGCAAUACAGAAUUUUUCUUCUUACAAUUCUGAGUUUACAUCUCCCAAUUCAGGAGGGAAGUUUUUUCUGCCGUGGAUUUUUUUUUUCUUGCAAUUGCAAGUUUGUCGCACAAUUCAGACUUUUCUUCUCAAAAUUGCGAGUUAUAAACAAGAAAUUCACACUUUCUCGGAAUAAAAAAUACUUAAUUUUUUUUUUUAUUCACAAUUAGAAAAAAAAUUCUCGUAAUACCGAAUUUAUCACAAUACAGCUUCUUUUUCUUAGAAUUCUGAGUUAACAUCUCGCAAUUCUGUUUUUUUUCUGCCAUGGACAAAAAUUAAAACAGGUAAUUGUCACUUUUUAUCUCACAAUCUAAAAAUAAUUUCUCUCACACACUUUUCUUCGCUUUCAGUUUGAAGGAAUCUUACAUGGGAUUGAAAUUAGAUUUUCUCUUGGGAAAGAAUGUAUUUCGAUGAAACAAUAAAUAUAUUCAGAACGCAAAUGAGUGCAAGAAUGCGGUAGCUUGUUUCUACCGCGAAAAAUAAAAAAAUGUAAACAAGCAUGUAACUGUAAAUGUAAACGACUUUCUUGAAAUUCUGAGUUUAAAUCUCAAUUUUAAAUCUCAAUUAAUUUCGGUAAAAAAAUUACUUCAAUUUUUUUAUCUCGUAAUACCGAAUUUGUCACAAUACGGACUUAUUUUUCAUAUUUAUUUCAUCUUUUCAUCUUUGAAAUUUCAUCCUUCAUAUUUAACUGUUCUGAUGUGUCUUUCAAAUCCAGUUUUUGUUUAUAAUCAUUAUGAUGAAAAUGAAGCCCACAGACAAGAUGUUUUUAUGUACAGUAAUUGAGAUUGUAUGCUUUGGAUGCAGUGCAUUUUUAAGUAAUGCUCUUGUUUUGCACAACCUUUCCCCCCCUCAGGUUUAAUACCAGUUAUUUCAUGUCUUGACAUGAUCUUGUGCAAUACAGCAAUGAAGAUAAGAUGUAGCCUAAAUAAAGGUGAUUUCAAAUA